GUAUGUUGUAUGUAGUAUCUGUCAAAAUCGAUAGUAUGUACGUGUAGUAUGUAGUAUAUAACAAUGUUUAGGUAGUAUAUAUACUUCUUUUUAGGUAGUAUGUAUCAUAUUUUAAGCAUACUCUUUUUUAUGUACAAAUAUAUACGUAUUUCAUAAAUAUAACAAAAAUUAUGGGCUCAUAUGCAAUUUUCCAUGUAAUUUGCGUUUAAAUAUCUUAGAUAUAGUAUAUGAACAUAUUUAGAAUGAUAAAGUAAUAUAUAUAAUAUCACAUGGUAGUAUAUGAGACAUGUGGGGUAACUACCACUAUGUGGUAGGAUGCAUUUUCCCUAUAUGUGUGUGUGUGUGUGUGUGUGUGUGUGUGUGUGUGAUGCCUCAUUAUUUUGCUAGUCAUGGUCAUGUAUCAUAUGGCAUGCCAUGAUUUAUUUGAAAUGUAUCUUCCCUACAGUCUCAGUAACCUCUGAGUGUCAAGCAGAGCAUCACUAUUUACUGGUCAUUUAUUUGUGUGAAUUCUAUAAAAUGGCUGGCUGGUAUAAUUAUAUCACUGCCCAUCGAACUCAAUUGAGUUAUACGAUUAUGUAAAUCCAAAUAUAUAUUUUUUGCUAUCUAAAUCUUUCUUGUCGGCCUUAAUUUCAUUAAGUCUUAAUUACACAUCAUUUGAGAAGAAAGUCAAUAUUAAAACCCACAAAAAAGUGCACAAUAAAAAGAAAGCAGCGGAGGAAACUAAGCUUGGCAGCCAGCGGCUAUAAAUACCUCACCACCUUGUUCGCACCAUCCAAAGGAACACAGAGUUCCAGCAGAGGAGUGCAAACCACAGCUCUGCCUCUUCUUCCCCCACCAUGGCUGCCAUGUCGUCUCCGAUCAUCGGUCUCCUCCUCCUCCUGCUCCCAAUCGCGCCGUCCUCCGCCAUCAAGUUCCCGCUCGGAGGCAAUGUCUACCCUGUUAGCCACUUCUAUGCUACGUUGAGCAUCGGUGAACCUGCGAAGCCCUACUUCCUGGACGUCGACACUGGCAGCAACCUCACCUGGCUGGAGUGCCACCACCCGGUCCACGGCUGCAAGGGCUGCCACCCGAGGCCACCACACCCAUAUUACAAGCCAGCAGCUGACAAGUUGAAGGUGCAAUGUGGUGGCCCGCUAUGUGCUGCGAUGCGCAGAGACGUGCCUGGGAUCCCUGACUGCUCCAGGAAAGAUCCACAUCGAUGCCACUACGAGAUUCAGUAUGUCACCGGGAAGUCAGAAGGUGACCUUGCCACUGACAUCAUUUCUGUCACUGGGAAAGACAAGAAAAACAUCGCUUUCGGAUGUGGAUACAAUCAGGAGGAAGCAGCAGACGCACCGCCCUCGUCGGUAGAUGGCAUCCUUGGACUCGGGAGGGGAAAGGCAGGCUUUGCCGCGCAACUCAAGGGGCUAAAGAUGAUAACAGAGAACGUCAUUGUACAUUGCCUCAGCAGCAAAGGAAAGGGUGUCCUCUACGUCGGGGACUUCAAUCCGCCUUCCCGCGGCGUAACCUGGGCACCCAUGAGAGAAUCCUUGUUUUACUACUCACCUGGCCUAGCAGAGCUGUUCAUUGACAAACAGCCGAUAAGAGGGAAUCCAACAUUUGAGGCUGUAUUUGACAGUGGUACCACCUACACCUUGGUGCCUGCCCAGAUAUACAAUGAACUUGUUUCAAAGGUCAGAGGCACUCUCAGUGAAUCAUCACUUGUAGAGGUGAAGGGUCGCGCUCUGCCUCUAUGCUGGAAAGGGAAAAAGCCAUUCAGAUCUGUCAAUGAUGUGAAGAACCAAUUCAAGGCACUGUCACUAAAAAUUACCCACGCCCACGGCACCAGCUACCUGGACAUCCCUCCUCAAAACUACCUCAUCGUGAAGGAAGACGAGAAAACGUGCCUGGCUAUCCUCGACGCCUCGUCGGAUCCUGUUAUGAAGGAACUGAACUUUAUCUUGAUCGGAGCUGUUACGAUGCAGGAUCUGUUUGUGAUACAGUGCACAGUGUGACAAGGCGCACGAGCUUGAAUCCGUCAUCGAUUCGCGUCUCUGAACAAUGUUCAGAUCGACAUAGACAAAAAUCUUAACGAGAACAAAUGAGUGCUCUCGUAUAUACUAUGUUGUUAGGAAGGCUGUGUGAUAUGCCCCCGCUUAUAAUGAAUAAAAUGUUGGCAUACUGAUGAAUGUGUACCUUCUAUA